AUGGAGAAUUUUACCGUCCAAAACGGGUUUAAUAGUAGUAGCGGAAUGACAGAUAAUAAUAAUAAUAUUGACAAUAAUAAGGAAACAACAACAUACCAUAUCCAAGAUCAAAUAGCUACCAAUGAAACUUCAAAUAAUUGUAAUGAAACCACCAAUCAAGCUGCUGAAAAUAUUUCAAUAGAUAGUACUAAUAUUAAUAAUAAUACUAAUGAGUUACAACCAAAUUCAGAUGCCUUUUCUGAUAACACCGACCCCAAGAAAGAAGAAAAUCAACAAGAAAAUGAGAAUCCUGACUCAUUCAAAGAUGAAGUCAAUGAAAUAUCACAAAAAUACAAAGAAAUAGAAUCAUUACUUCUAUCAAAAGAUAAAUCAUGGACUACAUCCAUAGAUGAAUUAGUGAAAACUUUAAAAACCGUAUCUCACAAUCAAUCAGUCUUGGAAAAUAAACUAGAAGACGCAAUGAAGAAUCAAAUGAACACUGAUCUUCUAGUCAAUUCCAUCAACGAAAGAUUAAACACAUUAUCAAUGUCUUUAAAGAAAAAUUUAAUCCCGUCGCAUACCGGUGCGUUAACAAUAAAUUCAGCUCCUCACGGUACUACUUCAUCAUCUUCUACAUCUCGUCGUGGGCCAGGUAGACCAAGAAAAGAUGCAAGAUCUCAAGGUUCAUUAUUGGCAAAUAAUAGUAUACAUUUACCUACUGGGUCAGUGAAAACUUCUAAAUCUAAAAGAUAUUUUAUCGACCCUGGAACUAAUGAAUUAGCAUCUGUACCAAGUUCAGCCCAUUCAAAUAAUAAUAAUACCACUACAACAGCGGCAAACGCAAGUCAGACCAAACCGAAGAAAAGAAGAGGAAGACCUCCUAAGCAAAGAACUGUAGAAACUGUCAUUAUUAAUGAUCCCGUUAAUGGUCCCCAUGAUCAAGAAGAAGGAGACGAAACUGUUGAUUCAUCCAUGUUAGAUAACACUACCAUUCAAUCGCCAGUGAAAAAGAAUAAAGAAGACAAUAACAAAGGUAAUAAAUCUACUAUCGCUACUACCACGACCGAUAAAUCUACCUUGAUAAAUGGUGUACAUACGGACGAAGAAGAAGAAGAUGUCGAUUAUGAUGAAUCAAGUGUCGAUGAAGGGAAUAGAACGAAAAGAGAUCGUGGGAAUGAUGAAUAUACUGAAGGUGAAGAAGAAGAAGACGAGGAAGAGGAUGAAGACGAUGAUGAUGCUCAAAAAUCUUUGAAGGGUUUGACAUCUCAAAAUGUCGCCCAUGCUGCUGCGGUACAUUCCGAAAUAAGUAGACAACAAAAGGAAUUGGAUAAAAGGAGAGAUGAUAGAGAGAAAAUGCUAGUUAAUUUGAAAUAUAAUGAUAGGAAUAGUGCUAAGAAUUUCAUGGAUUCAAAUAAACAAUUAUUGCAAGCAAUGAAAGAAGAGGAAAGAAGAAGAAGAAUGACCUCCAUUGCAAGUGAUCCAAAUAGACCUAAAAAUUCAAGGCAAUCUCCUAACAAUUAUCCUAAUUCAAACUCUACUAGCAUGGUCAUUAAUACCAAUCAAAAUAAUAUGACCAAUACAAGUAGUAGUCCAAACCAAGUACAUUUGAAUGAUUCUCAAAAUAAUUUGCCACCAAAUAUUAGUGUCCAACAUUUAUCUUCACAAUUACAAAGUUUAAAUGAUGCAAACGUUUUAUUAGAUGAUAAUGCAUUUAGUAAUUUUGCUCAUGCAAAUAAUCAACAUAAUUCUUUAGCAUCAGUAUCAUCAUCAUCAUCACAUCCAAAUCCUGCAGGAACAGUUGAAUUGAACAAUACUCAAAUAGAUGCCGCUUUAGCUGAAUUCACAAAAACUACGAAUUUCGAUCAUACCAAGAAUCAAUUAGCUACUUUUGAAUCAUUGGCAAACGACGUUAUGCAACAUCAAGAAGAUAAUAAAUUACCAGUCCAUCAAUUGCAAUCUUUAUCUGCGCCAACAACUUCAGGUAUGAUUGCAAAUGAAUCAAAUACUAAAGAUGGACUCGCACAACAGCAUGAACAAACAAUGGAAAAUAAGAAACGUUCAAGAACAUUAGAUGAAACGCGUGACGAUGAUUUAAAUGAUGAAGGUCAAACAAAUGAAGAAGAAGAUUCAGAAUAUCUUGCAAAUUCUCAUUCUCAUAUGGAUUUCAAUGAUAGUUCAUUACCAUUAAGGAAAAAGAAGAGAACAUAUGCUCCCACGGUUGUGGCAUCUACUGUCAAUGAUAAAGAAGCUCAAACUGCAUUGUUGGUCGCUUCACCAAUUGAAUUGGUGUGUAAAGAUGGGUUUUUCUAUAGAAGAAAUAUGCCACAAACACCAAUUACGACGGGGACUUAUUUAGAAUUUAAAUUUAAACAUAAAGAAGAUGAAUUAUUGAAAAAUGGUGCAGCUGCAGGAUAUAGGAAUGAUCCAUUAAGGAAGAAAUAUGAAAGAAAUAAUGCUCAUUUUUUGAAAGCUGAUAUUGAAACUGAAACUGAAUUCGCUUUCUAUAUUUUAAGUAAGACUACAUUGACUGAAAAAUAUGUUAAUUCACUAGAAUAUUUUUUAAUGGAAUUUAGAUGGGAAAAUAAAUUAAUUGGAUUAGGUUUGAAAUUAAGAGAAUCUAAAAGGACUUGGCAAAGAAGGAAGGCUUUAUUUGCCCUUUUCGAAUUUUGGAGAGAUCAAUCAGUAGAAAAAAGAGGAUUCCCUAAUUAUUCUAUGUUACAUGCUGUUAAAGAAAUGGAAAAUUAUAGAAUUUUCAUAAAUAGAUCCGUAUCAUGGUUCUAUAAUCAUAUCACAUUAUUGAAAAUGAUCUUAUAUGACCUUUGUGAUAAUACUGAUACUCAAUGGAGAGAAUGGAUGUUCCCUAAGGGUAAAGUGCUACCCACUUUAGAGUCUGAAGGUGUAACUCCUGAUAAUUUAAAUGAAGCUAUUGAUGACGUUUUAGGAUUCGAUUUCUUAGACGAUGGUACAUGGAAUAAAGAAGUGAAAUCUUCUAAAGUUAUCCUACCCACGUCAUUUGAUAAAUCUGAUUCUCGUGAUCCAUCCAUUACUAAUGAACCACUAGGGGGCUUACCAUCGGUACCAGCACAAAAUAUUGCUCAACAAGUGCCGGAAGAACAACAAAAACAGCAACAACAACAACAACAACAACAACAACAACAACAACAACAACAACAACAUCAACAACAGGAACAAAAACAACAUCAAAUGCUAGAAAGUCCACAUGAUAAUGAAGAAACACAAGUAUCGUCAAACGAUCCAACCCAAGGAUUGGUUCAAGUAUCCAUAACAGAAGAACCUACAAAUUAA